AUGGUUUCUCUCCCAAUCAAGAAGCGCAAGAAGAACCAUUUCUUCGCGCAGUACCCGGACUUCAUCCAUAACCCCCUCGCUAGCUUCAGUGAUGAUUUCAAGCGUCUCGCCCUAGAGCGAAACUGGUCGUACGGGAGCAAAACCUGGAAGCAGAAAUGGGUUCUCUGCACAAAGGCCGAGUACCAGGACCUUAUUGGCACCGAUCUCACCAAUUUCGAGAAGUGGCAGACAAUCUGCUUUAAGCUCGAUAUCAGGGGCGUGUAUUCAAUCCGCCAGGCGAAGAAGGCCCUAUCCCAGGUUCACAUCAACCUCAUCGACCUCCUCGAAACUUGGGACGCCUAUAGAGGCCCCAAGAAGUUCAGCAGCACUCGCGAGUUGGCUCACUACUCGGUGUCAACCAGCAAGAUUUACCCCCGCGAAGCUGCCAAGGUCGACCCGGCCCUGCGAGUGCUUCUGAAGCACUUGAUGUGA